UGCUGCAGAAUGGUCCAUUGUGACUUACAUCACUCAUUCUAGCGAUCAUGGAUGUUUGACACUUUCCAACAGGAGGCAUUACAAGUAGCACUGUUUUGCAACAGGUCCUGGGUGAGAAUUCCAGAACGAACUUGGCAAUGCUUGGUUUCCAGGCUGUGGUGUCACCUCCUGAACCAGAGUCGCAUAACACGCCCAGAGAGUUCUCUUGUGAACCAAGUUCCUCCCCAGAGAAACCCAGACCCGGCGUAGCCUCAGGCUGAGCCUUGACUCUGGCUAGAGACCAGAUACCCUGACGCCAGUACCUAGUCAUGUGCUGACCCAAGCAUGUGGGACCCCCAACCCAAGUCGCCAUGUAACUGUAGCUCUAAUUCAAGUCCACAGUUUCUAGGCUAGAGUCCUGGGUGGGAUCCAAGGGCUACAUUCCCCCAAGGGGAAAGGGGGGUGUCCAGCAGGUACCUGAGUGUCAAGGUCGAGGUGUUAGGGAUGGGCUCCUCACUGAGCUACGAUCCCUUACAGGCUGUCACACUGGAAGCCGUGUCGUGAGAACUCCUUGGGCCUUGUGUCCUAAUGGAGCAGGCUUAUAUGCAGCCUCCUUGGCCCCGUGCCCUGCCCAGACCUGUUCUGGAUUCCACCCCACCCUUCCCCAAGGUCGCUGCCACCUCCCACCUGCCAGGCUUGGGCAGGGCCUCUGAGACACGGCCAGGAAGGCUGGCAGGCAGGAGGGCUGGGGCAAGCACUGGGGGCCAUGGAGGGGACAGCAGAGCCCGUAGUCUAUCAGAAGCUGUUGCUCUGGGAGCCAAGCUUGGAGUCGGAGGAGGAAGAAGAGGAGGAGGAAGAGGAGACAUCAGAGGCGCUGGUUUCCAACCCCUGGAGGCCCCAGGACUCUUCUGGGAACAAGGCUGGUGGGCUGUCCGGAACCUGGGCCCGUCUAGUGGCCGCCCUGCUGCUGCUGGCUGUGGGCUGCUCCCUGGCGCUGCGGCAGCUCCAGCAUCAAGGCAGCCCCACAGGAAGCCUGGGCUCCGCGGCCCCUCCACCCGGCGGACACUCCCAUGGCCCUGGUGUUUACCACCAUGGUGCCAUCAUCAGCCCUGCAGACACAUGCUCCCAUCUAGGCCGAGAGCUGCUUGUUGCCGGGGGCAACGUCGUGGAUGCCGGCGUGGGAGCCGCUUUGUGUCUGGCGGUGGUGCAUCCUCAUGCCACGGGGCUAGGUGCCAUGUUUUGGGGCCUCUUCCACAAUAGCUCCUCAGGCAAUUCCACAGCCCUGACAUCAGGCCCAGCACAGACCCUGGCCCCCGGACUGGCGCUGCCCACAGCUCUGCCCACCCUGCACCUGCUGCACGCACACUUUGGCCGCCUGCCCUGGCCACGCCUGCUAGUGGGCCCCACCACGCUGGCUCAGGAGGGCUUCCUGGUGGACACGCCCCUGGCAAGGGCUCUGGCAGCUCGGGGCACAGAAGGCCUCUGUCCACUGCUUUGCCAUCCUGAUGGAACCCCGCUGGGCGCUGGAGCCCGAGUCACCAACCCACAGCUGGCAGCCAUGCUUCACAGGGCAGCCCUCGCUCCCACCUCAGACCUUGCCGGGGACGCACUACUGAGUCUGCUGGCAAGAGACCUGGGGGUGGAGGUGCCCUCGGCUGGGCCCAGGCCCACUUUGGAACCAGCACAGCAGCUACCCAUGGCCCAGGGCAUCCUGUUCACCACCCCCAGUCCCUCAGCCGGCCCAGAGCUGCUGGCACUGCUGGAGGCAGCCCUAUGGUCUGGGGCACCCAGCCCUGACCCCUGCCCACCAGUCCUGCAAACUGCCGUGAGCCCCGAGAGCAGCACCCUGGCCACCGUGGACAGCAGCGGCUCUGUGCUCCUUCUCACCUCCUCGCUCAACGGCUCCUUUGGUUCUGCAUAUCUGUCCCCAGGCACAGGGGUUCUGCUCAGCAACACGACGGCCAAGUCUACCGCUACUGCCUGGGCCUGCCCCCUCAUCCUCCGGGGCAGCCUGGAUGACACAGAGGCCAAUGUGUUGGGGCUAGUGGCUUCAGGGACCCCUGAAAUGGCCAGAGUCAUGACUCACACCAUACUCAGCCACCUGGCAGAGCCCCAAACCCAGGCCCAGCACCAGCACCAGGGCCAGCAAGAACCAACAGUGCAGCCCAGCACUUGUGGCCAAGGGACCCUGCUCCAGGUGGCAGCCUAUGCAGAGCACGCCCACGUCUCCAGUGUCCCCCACGGCUGCUGUCCCUACCAGGGGAUCUAACAGGAUGGGGGUGGGUCUGGUACAAGGCAGGGUUAUCUGAAGCCUGGGGCAGGAGCAGAGCAGACCCAGAAGCAAUGGAGUGUACCCCAGCUCACACCUGUCAUCUCAAGCACUUUGGGUGGUCAAGGCAGGAAGAUCCCUUGAGCCCAGGAAUUUGAAACCAGCCUAGACAGCAUCGCAAGAUCUCAUCUGUACCAAAAAGUUUUAAAAUCACCAGGUGCAGUGGCAGAUACCUGUUGUCCCAGCUACCUAGGAGGCUGAGGCGG